CUUCUUCAUAACCCGCGAAAGUGCAUUCACCUUAAUAUAUCGUCGAUUAGGGAUUAAUCAAAUAUUUGAGAUCAUCCAUUUAAUUACAUAAAACCAAAAAUAAUUUAAUAAGAAUACCGCUUGUGAAUUCGCACAUACUCUUCAUUCAGAGCAGUUAGCUAUUUCUGUUGCCUCCCCUAGUCAAUUUCCGAUUGCUUCCCUAAGCCUAAUUAUCUAUUGUUUAAUUCAUUCAGCUUUGUUUUUUUUGGCCAUUUUAAAAGAACUUUCUUCAAAAGUUCGCCAUUCGUUUUCAAAAGACGAUAAUUAAGUCCCUGUAUCUCAUUUGAGGAUUAAGUGGUUUUUUUUUGGGUUUUGGGAGAAAAAAAGGAGUCGCAACACUAUUUAUUUAUAUUUAUUUUCUAUUUUUUUUUUAGUUUUUCUGAUUCAUCAGUCCUAGUGGAGGAAAAGUAAACUUGCAUCCGUUAGGAUAGCAAAUCAACCUGUUUUUGAAUCUUCGUGGGUCAAAUCAAUAUCCCUUUUUAUAUUAUAUUAUUCCUGUAUUUAAAAAAACACACGCUGGAGGUGUAUUUUUUUAAAUAGGAAUUCCUCUUCUACCUUUUUCCUUGCUUUUGCAAAGUCUAUUCCAUCUUGUCCCUCAUUUUUUCCUGCAAGGCUUCGCAAGGCUGCUGAAAAACAGUCGAAAAUCUAUCUUUUACAUUUUUCAGCAUAAAAUUUGUUUUUUUCGUCCGUAUCCUUUGGUGCACGGUGUACAAUGUCAUCGGAAACUUCUGCCGCCGAACAUACCAAUGGAGCACAGGGCUCUACAUCAACGACUCUCACAAAUCCUUCCUCUAAUGUGAAUACUGCAAAUAAUCAGCAGUCGUCCUCAGUUCCUCCUCCUUGCCCGUACCCUCAUGUUGGCCCUUCUUUUGUACGUCCCAACACUCAGUCUAAUCCUGAUGAAGCCCAAAGACGGUCUCAAGUCAAUCAUUAUAAAAAUAAUCUUGAAAAUGUUGUCUCGACAAUGCCAGGUUCCUCUGUUCCUCUACCCAAAGGUUCAUUAGAUCCAUCGGCGAACAAUUCUCUUUGUUGUUGCACCACUGUUCAUGGUCAUCCUCACAUACCCCCUACUCUUAUUAACCCUUCCUCUUCUCAAUAUAGACUUCCUCCUAUUUCCACCAUAUUGGGAGGAUCUAUGACGGAUCCUGCGAUCAUGGCAGCCGCUGCCGCUUCAUCUCCUCAUUGUCAUCCUCCCAACUCCACCUCACCAGAUAUACCGCUUCCUCCAGGUUUUCUUUCUCCUUACAACCCUUUUUCCUAUGCGUAUUUUCUUGCAAAAGCAAAUGAAGCGGCUGCCGUUGCUGCUGCUCAUCAACACCGUCCUACCAGUUCGACUGAUCAGCAUCCUCAACCCUCACAACACCCACCACACGUCGACCCAGUAACCCAAUCUGCAGUUCCUCCAACUACGAACCCUUGCUCAGCAGUUCCAUCACACCAUACGAAUAAUAGCUUUCUAACGUUUCCUUUUCAACCUCCUUAUCUCCCGUUUGUAUGUCCUGGUUGUGCACAAAAUCAGCAAAAUCGUCUAAACCCUCAUCCAAAUAAUGAUGGUUUUGUUCGUUGCCCCGCUCCUUCAGAGCAUGAAUCGUUCGUUUCGCGUAACGAGACAGAAACACAAGAAUCGACGAAUGGUUCCAGGACAAACGAAGCAGAUCAUCAAUCUUCUGAGAAUACCUCUAAUCGAACUGUGGACAUGAGUCAUUUCGGAUUAACACCUGAGGUUCAUUCCUUAUCUCGAAAUGGGCUUGUCCCCGAAAACACAUCUACAGCCUCGCAUUCGGGAUAUUCAAACUCAAAUGGAUUUCAUGAUGCUAUUCUCUCUGAACUUUCUGCUGCGGCUACCCUUGCACAAAACGGUUCUAAUAUCAGUGGAGCUUCUGAUGGGAAAAGUCAAUCUAACAAGGAUCCGUCGGCCAUUGAAAAGAGAGUCCAUAUUGCAAGGAGGCAUUCGAAUACUCGUAAAUCAAAUCAACAAAGCGCUGCAAUUUCAAGUUCCACUGUUCGAUAUCGUUGCACGGAGUGUCUUCAAGGGUUUUCAAGACCGUCCAGUUUGAAGAUUCAUACUUAUUCCCAUACUGGUGAGCGUCCAUUUGUCUGUGAUUAUGUAGGUUGUGGAAAAGCUUUCAAUGUCCGCAGUAAUAUGCGUCGACAUCAACGUAUUCAUGGUGCGUAAGGCUACCCUGAUUUGACGUCCAUGAUUUUACUGUACAAUAGGUUAUCAGUUCCUAUUUAUGUUUCUUUUUUAUUUUAUUUUAUUUUGGUUUUUAUUUUUAUUUUAUUGUCUUAUGAUACUAUGGAAUGGUUUUGAAAGAAUAUUCGCCAUUAAUAAGUGGUGAAUCGAACGUAUCAAAUGUCUUUUUACCUGUCCGUACUGGUAAUAAAGUCUUUGACUUGUCUAUGUAAUCUACUAUCUUUAACAAGGUGAAUGAAGGAAAAGUGACUUGCGUAUGAUACCUCUAAUAUUUAUACUCGAAGAGAGAAAAGAGAAAAGAGGAAUCAUGCGUCGUAUCUCACUUAAUAUUAAUUGGGACUAUUCUAAAGGACCCAUAUUCAUAUAAUUCACAAAGUAUUUAUUAAUGCACUAGUUCUCGCUGUUGAAUUAUUUGAUUUGCAUGAACAGCAAUGUAUUUGUUUUCUCUUGUUUUUACUUUUUUUUUAAUUUUUAAUAAAUAGAAUACUAACGAUACUUUAUUUUGCCAUA